GGGGAGGAUAUAAGGAAGCCGUCCCGCCCCCGUCGAGGAGCGAGUACAUACCUCGACAAAUAUGCGAUUCGUGCCUCUUCUCGCCGCGGCUUCCCUGCUCAACUUGGCUUCGGCCUCCCCGGCGCUCCUCUGGCGCAGAAAUGCCACCACCUUCUCAAACGCAACCGAGAACACGCACACCACGAUCUCUACUUCGACUUUGACCCUCACUGAGCCUGCUGCUUCAUUUGAUGCUGCCGCGAUCGCCGCUAUCCAGGUCGGAUCCGCUCCUUCGUUAGCCGGCGUUGCAGAUGUCGACUCCAACACAGCAACCACUACCCAGACUCACUUCGUUACCGUGGAUUCUCCUAUCACCAGCACUGAGAUCGGCCAGUGCGCACAACCUACUGUUACCUUUGGACAGUUGAUCACGGACUCAGCGCAAUUGAUCACCUCCGCUACUACAGACUACGCCAUCGCUUCAACCUCUAUCUCUGGAGCCCAAGACUAUUCGUACUACGUCCAAACCUCCUCAGCAGCUGCUGUCAUCGCUUACUCAGACCUCUUCGCUUCUGUCCGGACGCUCACAAUCACAGAGUACGUUGACGGUACUGCGAUCGCGACUGGAACCUAUGAGGUUGCUGCUACGGCCGUCGCCACUCCUGUGCUCACGACGCUCACCGAGCCAGAGGAGGUGGUUAUUGGUGGCACUACCAGGACGCUUACCGAGGGUGGAAGUGUCGCAUAUUUGACCACCACUACGACAACCGUGACGUCCACCAUCCUCGCCGCUGGCUCUUCGAGCCCGACGAGUACUUCCGGGUGGAGCUGGAGUGGCGCUGAGGUUUUGGCACUCUGCCGCUCAUUCGUCGGUACCCUUACGGAGGAUGUCACCGGCACGGUGACCUCGACGGUAUACCAACAAUCCAACACGACGAGUACUCUAUCCGUGACUGCCAAUAGCACGUAUCCCGUCACUGUCCCUCGAACCGCUACCGAGCGCGCAACAUCCACCUCCAUCAACUACGACCGUCGCAACGUUACCUCGAGCGUGUACUACAACGUAUCAGUACCUAGCACGACAAGGACGGCGACUACGUCCACGUAUGUCUCUCUAUCCGAGCUCACGGAGACUCCGGAGCCGGUUACGAGUACGUACCCCACCACCGAGGUUGAAUCCACUGCUACCACGACGACUUCAACAUCGUACAGCACAUGGUCUUCUACCACCCCUACUGCCCCUACUGUGACUGUUUACAAGAAACGUACGUUGAGUUUGGAAGAUGAGUUCCAGGCUGCGGUUCGGGCUAACUCGCAGAGUGUGCGUAACGCAUGUUUGGCAAACUUCGAGAUGCCCACCGUCACGGUUUCGAAGGAGGUCCUCGCCGUGGAGACCAUCGUCGAGAAGGACGGCACGGUGGUUGCCACCCAUGUCUCCGUAGCGUCUACUCCCGUCUUCGUCACUACUAUUGUGGCUACGGCUACCUCCCAGGUUGUCGAUAUGUUGAACCAGACGAUUACGUCUUCGUUUACGCAGAGCGUGCCGACGUCCGUUACGUACGUAGCGAGCACGGCUACUGAUAUCACAGUUCAGACGCUCAAUUCUACCAUUAUUACCACGCUCCCCGCUGCUACGAUCUCGGCGUACAGCACAACGACAGAGACUGCAGUUUCGACUUCCACGAUCGUGUCCACCGUCCUGCGUUGUCCCAUCCCCGACUCCCAAAGGCGAUCAGCGGUAGGCACGAUCGGUAUUGAUCGACCUAGUACCGGCCAACUUCUUGUCGUGAGCGCUGCGUCUGGUGAGGAUUGUUGUGUAGUGUGUUAUACGACGGUGGGGUGUUCCGCCUUUGUGUAUUGGGGUCCACAGUUCUGUGUCCUUGCUACAUCGGGGACUGAUACUUGUAGCGCGAGUAGCGUGUACUUGAUUGAGAAUGAAGGUGGUCCGGGUGGGUAUUUGUGUUGAUGAGGUAGAAGGGAAGACGUGAUGUGAGGAGUCCAGAAUAAU